CUGUCAAGCGGGGAAAAAAGUGCAAAAAACUAAUUUGAGGCCGCUUUUCGUCGGAGCAGGAAGUUUUUUCUUAUUUUGUGCUGAAAGUUUACUAAAUUUAAAACCAUAUUGUGUUACAAUCAGGACCCGAUAAGUGCUUCUUCGAGUGGUCCGUGCAGUUACGGACAUUGGAGCGCCGAAAGCCCGACAAAAUCAUCCGCCGAAUAGUGAUAGUGAUUGCAACUCCCUGAGUGAAAAGUGCGGAAGGAAAUCAAAGAUGGCUACCCAGUCCGUAAACAAAACCGGCUCCGGAUGGCCGCGGCGAACCAGCCAAGGAACCUUGAAUGACAUCAGCAAACCGCAAGGGAACCAAUCCAUGACACUGAAUCGGACGAUCAAUUUGUACCCACUCACGAACUACACAUUCGGCACGAAAGAACCGUUAUUUGAGAAAGAUCCAUCGGUGCCGGCCCGGUUCCAGCGAAUGCGGGAUGAAUUUGACAAAAUUGGAAUGCGCCGCUCGGUGGAAGGAGUGCUUCUGGUCCACGAACAUGGUCUUCCACACGUUCUGUUACUUCAGCUAGGAACCACAUUCUUCAAAUUGCCCGGCGGCGAGCUGAGCGCCGGUGAGGACGAAGUCGAGGGGCUCAAACGACUAUUGACGGAGACUCUAGGCCGGCAGGAUGGCGUCAAGCAGGACUGGAUCGUCGAGGACACAAUCGGCAACUGGUGGCGACCGAACUUCGAGCCCCCGCAGUACCCGUACAUUCCGCCCCACAUAACGAAGCCGAAGGAGCACAAGCGGCUGUUUCUGGUACAACUCCACGAGAAGGCUCUAUUUGCCGUGCCGAAGAACUACAAGCUAGUAGCGGCUCCACUGUUUGAACUGUACGACAACUCACAGGGAUAUGGUCCGAUAAUAUCUUCCCUACCGCAGGCACUCUGUCGGUUCAACUUCAUCUACAUGUAAGCUUCUGACGGCAGAGAGGAGGAAGCACAGGAUUGGAACCAUAACUUAAUGGCGAGCAUAUUACCAGUGGUUCCCAGGUUCGAUUCUCAUUCGACGGUCAUUGAUCUUCCUCUCGAAAAAAACCCCGCUUCCCCCCGUUCUAAAUCGGAGGGAUAGUGUUGCUCGCCUAAAACUGAGAACCAGCUGCUGGAAAUAGAAGGUAAGAUCCAUCCUGUGUAUUUGUGUGCCUGUGUGAUGUAGCAGAGGUAGUGCCCGCGGUAUCGAUUGCGAUCCAUCAAUUUUAAGAAAUGAAACAAUCUACCACCUGAUCGGUGUUGACGCUGCUGGUUGUAUUUGAAACGGCGUCCGGCUCACAACGGCUACGGAAUAAAGUCAAUGGAAAUUGUA